AUGUCUGUGAAGAGAAGAACUUCAGGAUUUUCAUUUCUCAUUCUGACUGGUCUAGCUUUGUUGCUGAUAGAUCAGGCGGCUGGUAUGUUUCUUAAGCCGAGCAUAAUAAGUUUUUUUUAGCAUGGAUACUACUUCAAACGCCAAAUAUCCACGUUCUUGGAGUAAACAGUGCGGUCAGUAAUUUUCUUUAAUUCACACAAUCACACAGUCUAGACUCUAUUGUUCGACAAGCGGAACCUUCUGAAGUUUACAGAAUAAGUACUAAAAAGGUUUUGAGCACAUUAAAUUAAAGGGAUUCAUGCAAUUAUUCGUGUGGCAGUUAAAUUGAAGCGUAAAUCAAAUUUAAUGUAGGAAUCGAAUAAUGCGCUAGGUGAAUUAUUUUCAUCUACCCAUUUUAUUCAUACAAUGAUUCCCAUUUAUUCUUUAACACAAUUGACAGGAAAGCGUCCUGACAAGAUACUAGAUUUCGAAGACACAGUUGAGCAAAGCUGCCUCGUUGCAGUGCCGAAAACACAAGGAAAGAUUUCUUUCUCGACAUCAGUGGCCAAACACGGGACAACAUCACUUAAAUGGGAAUCGAGUGCGAACGGAGAAUCUAAGUUAAGGUACAAGCUUCCAAAAUCGGCUCACAUCAAGGGAAAGAAACUUAGAGGAGGAGGUGUUAAAAUGUGGAUCUACAAGGAUACUCCUUCUAGUGGAAGCAAGAUGGAAGUAAGGCUGGCAGAAAAAAAAAAAAGAAGAAAAAGGUUACGCGGGUAG